AUGGGCAAAUGGACCUGCCGUUGCCCCCGCCGGGAGCUCUCGUCGCCCGCCUACGUCCCACUCUCGCUGGCGCCGUCCAUGGCUGGAUCCUCUUCGUCCCAAGACGAGGGUCCCGUCCGCUUCCUCGGAGAAUUCUUCGACGAGUUCUUGGAAUACAUUCGAAAGAAGUACCAGGAACGAGCGAGAGGCCUCCACCGCAACGCUCCCAGCCCUUUCUGGCCGUUCGGUGCCCCUCGGAAGGAGCCGGUGCCGGGCACCGGCCGCCGUCACCCGUCCGAAGACCCCGUCUUCCUCGCUCUACUCCAGUACCUGAUCGAGACCACCUACUGGCGAGGCCUCGGCUACCCUCUGAGCAGGGGUCUCGCGCGUCUGUACCUCCGCUCUCUCCGCGGUGACAUGGCGGGAGUGGAGGCCUUCGCCCACUUUGUGGACAGCGAUGAUCCAUUCACUGCACACAGGAUUCUUGCACUCGGCCGGAAGACCAAGUUUCUUGGCCAGCAGUUUAGAGAGGCGGGGAUCAAGUGGAAGGGUGUGCUCGAUGAGGUCCAGGAGGAUGACGAUUCGAUCAGGCCAGCUGGCUAUGCUGAUGAUGGCAGCAGAUCUUCGUUGGGAUCAACCAUUGGGAUAGAUAUAGGAACCUCAUACUCAUGUGCUUCUGUUUACAAGAAUGGCUUGUUGGUGUGCUUACUCAAUGACAAGGGCAAGCAUGUGACCCCAUCGUGGGUGGCCUACACUGAUGAGAAGCUAAUUGGCGAGGAUGCAGAGAAUCAGGCAACUGUGAAUGCUGAAAGAACCAUUUUUAAUGUCAAGCGACUAAUUGGAAGAAAGUUUGAGGACCCAGAUGUACAGGAUGACAUGGAGCUUGUGCCAUACAAGAUUGCUAACAAGGAUGGUGAACCCUAUAUUAAAGUGAAUAUGGAGAGUGGUGUGCGGUCUUACAUUUUCAGUCCUGAGGAUAUUGUUGCAUAUAUUAUUGCAAAAAUGAAGGAGAAUACUGAACACGCAGCUGAUAUGACAAUCAAGGAUGCCGUUGUUACUGUUCCAGCUUACUUCAAUUAUGCUCAGCGACGAGCUGUCAAGAAUGCAUGCAGCAAAGCUUGCUUAAAUGUGGCCAGAAUAAUCAACGAACCAACAGCUGCUGCUAUUGCAAAUGGUCGAUAUAAACAAGAUGGUCAGAAAAACAUCCUUGUUUUUCGCCUUGGUGGUGGAACGUUUGAUGUCAGCAUCUUGAGUAUUGAUAAUGGAGCUUUUGUGGUUCUAGCAACAAAUGGUGACAAACUAGGAGGUGAGGACUUUGACAAGAAAAUCAUGCGCUACUUCAUAAAUUUGAUCAAUGAGAGGCAUGGAAAGGACAUCAGCAGGGACAAGCAGACUCUUGGGAAGUUGAGGAAGGAAUGCGAAAGUGCCAAGAGAGUUUUGAGUAACCAACAAGAAGUCCAAGUGGAGAUUGAAUCUCUAUGUGAAGGCUUUGAUUUCUCUGAGCCACUGACACAGAACCUGUUUGAAGAGUUGAACGAUGCUUUGUUCAUCAGGACCAUGUGGCUUGUUAACAAAACCAUGAAAGAUGCUGGACUGAGCAAGUAUCAAAUUGAUGAAGUUGUUCUCACAGGUGGGAGUUCCAGGAUUCCUAAGAUUCGGCGGCUUUUGGAGGACUACUUUGGUGGAAAGCAGCCAAAAAUGGAGGAGGUCGUAGAUGAAGCAGCUGCGGAGGGUGCAGCUAUAAUAGGAGGCAUUCUAAGUGGGAACGUCUGUGAUUUUACUGAAGAUAUGCUUAUUUUGGAUGUGGAACCUUCUUCCACCAGAACUGAAGCAAUGACCACAUUGAUUCACAGGAACAUCAUGAUCCCACCCAGGGAAUCUCUAGUUUUCACCACUUACCAGGAUCAGCAGACUACUGACUCCACUCUGGUCUUUGAGGAACAGAAUAGUUUCAGAGAAGACUGCCGGAUUCUUAGUAACAAGUGUGCAGCUUGGGCUUGUUGUGGUGGUGUGUUGGUAUCAGCAACAUUGGUUGCCUUGGCAGUGGUGACAUUAAAGUUCACUAGAUACUAG